GCAUGUAAACUUCCGGUUAUUGACUAUCGUAUGUGAUGUACAUAUGUGUAGGCUAGCAGAUGUACUUAAAGCCAUCUAAUAAGACAAACUGUAGUCAGUGAAACGAAACUGUCAGACAGGCGACAAUGAGAAAUGGAGGUUGAUGUGGACUCCCAUGAUGAGCUGGACAAUUGUGGACACCUCCAAGACAAUGACAAAGUUCACAAAUGGAAGAGAAGGAGAAAACAUAGUGGGACAUCAGCCCUGACUGCAGAGGAAAUCACAAAAAAUCGGCUACGAUAUGGGGAAACAAUACUUCAUUGUGCAGUCCAUAUUUCCAAGAAUAUACGAGAUGCGGAAAACGGAUCUGUCCUCAAGUACAUCUGUGCACUACUUAACUCAGGUGGGGGGAUCCUUCACAUGGAGAAUCUGGACUAUGAUGCAAGAGUUCAGCCAAAGGACCUGGAUACUUGGUGGAGCGCUAUGGAGAACAAAAUGGCAGAUAUCAUAUCUGGGGAUGAUAUUUGUAACUAUUUUGACAUGGUAGGCAACUAUGAUGAUAAAGAUCUGUAUCUGUUUGUUAAAACUGCAGAGCAUCUCUGUACCCUAGACUAUUACUGUAGACUCCCGACAGAUACAGCUACACAUGAGGUGUCCUAUCAUUCAGCCAUGAAACUUCUCAACUCUAAUGGUGAACCGAGUGACCUUUCUGAUCUCCCACAUGUUCCAAAAGAAUAUCAUUAUGGAGAGACACAUGAAUGUUUGAAGCAAGAGACAAAACAGAUUCAGUUUAAACAACUAUCAGCUCCAAGCAGUAGGGACGGCAAAUCACUCCCCACCAAGAUAAAGUACACAGUCACCAGGUACCUUUCUGCAUUCGCCAACCAUGAGGGCGGCCAUAUCUACUUUGGGAUAGAAGAUGUCAAGGCCGCAGUACUUGGUGAAGAACUUUCAGAGGAGGAGCAGAAAAGAACUGUUGACUUGAUGGUUGCAAAGAUGCAACCAGUUAUUUGGGGCGACACUGACUUUCAACCAAUCAGAGGCAGGCAUUGGGACAUUCAAUUCUUUCCUGUUCAUGGUUCCCCGAGACGAAUGGGACGGCGGAUGGUGGUGGUAGUGUCCGUUUGUAAAUUUCCUGGGGGAGUGUUCACAGCUGUACCAGAGAGCUACUAUGUCAAUGAUUAUGGGGGUGUGGAGGAAUGGACAUUUAAGCUAUGGAAACAGGCACUUCUGUCAUCUUACAGAGAUAAACCUGAACUUCACAACAGAUUUGUAAAGCUUGGCCUGAAUGUACCUCAGGCCCCAUUGGUGUUUACAGUGCAGCAUACUGUUGAUGCUAUCAGAAACAAACUGCUCCAAAAAAGUAAAACUGAAUGGAUACAGCCGAGACAUGCCUUGGAUGUCAUAUCUCACUCGAAGAAAAAAGAUUUUAUCAGAGAUAAAUUGGAGAAGUAUAAAGAGGCUGAUAGCAUCUGUAUUGUUGUUAACAGCUGGGGCCUCCAGGUGGCGCUACCCCAACCAAAAUGUGUUCUGUGUGAUAUCUUCAUUAUUAGUGAGUCACAUGGGUGUCAUCUCCUCACCUUCACUAACGAGGUAAACUGUAGGACACGAGAAUACUCGUCAUCUGUUGCUGCAUUCCUUAAAAGUCGGCUGGUCCUUCAUGGAGGCUGUACGGAUAAAUUUGGUGUUACCUGUCAAGUUGUACACGUUCAGGAUAAUUCUUGUCAUCAAGACGUAACCUGCUCAAGAAAUCAUGACAUUUUAGACGAAGAAGAUCUUUAUCCUUCCCACUUUUACAUGAACCCUCACAAGAUUAGAAACCUUAUCGGAUCUCUUAUUGUUUGUAUGGCAGCCUACAAACCUGUAGACUUUACUACGCUGGCAGCAGGAAAUAGGGAAGAAGUAUUGGCCAACAUGUCCUACUUUUUCUUGCUGACGAGUGACCAGUUUGAUCUGUUUUGGAGUCAGCAAUUUACCAAGGAACUUUGGAUUCAUGGGCCGCCAGGGGCAGGCAAGACUGUUGCUGCUGUACAGUUGAUUCAGGAACUCAGGAGACGAGGCAGUGCACAGAACCAAAUCCUGUACCUAGCUGAGAAUGAUAUGCUGUGUUCAUACGUCAGAUCUUUUAACAUUUGCGAGGUCUGCACUAGACGAAAUUUUUUGAAGAAAAUCCAAAGAAAGGAAAACAAUCAUGAUGAAUCAAAGAAAGCUUUUAAUUGCAUUAGGAAUGUAAUCAUUGAUGAGGCACAAAACUUCAAAGCAAGGGACGGUGAUUGGUAUACGAUGACAUUAAAACUCACUAAGCAAGGGCUAGUGGGUGGUUCGGAAAGCAAAACGGUUCCAGAUGGGUACUUCUGGGUUUUCAUGGACUAUUCCCAAAAGGUUCACAAAUUUGAAGCUGGUCUCCCUUCUAUUGUUGGUAAAAACAAUUUUAUGUUGAGUGAGGUAUCAAGAAACUCGAAAGAGAUAUUUGACUAUGCUAUGAAUUUCAUGGACCCUGAAGAAAAACUUACUGCAAAUGAUCAAGUUCAGAGUCUUAAAAUGGUUGAAUGUCUUCCGAAACUUGGUCAUGGAUAUUCCUCGGGACGCGAUGUUAACAUUGUAUCUUGUAGUUCUACUGAAGUGAACGAUGCUGUUGCAAAGGUCUUGUCAUCUGUUCUUGGAACUGGGGUGGAUAUCCAGGACAUUGCUAUUCUGGUAGGUAGGCGCCAAGAUAAAGAAGUGAUGACUCCAUCUGUUAAAAAUAUAGUGGAAAGGUCAGGGGUCAAAGAUCCUAUUACCAUAGAUACUGUGAAAGGAUUCAGUGGUAUGGACAGAUCAACCAUUAUAGGUGUGAACCCACGUGUGAAUGAUGACCAUGCAGACUUCAAUAAAUAUAUUCUCAGUUUGGCUACGCGGGCUAGAGACAGCCUUGUCAUCAUUACGCAGCCCGAAAAAAAUCAGGAGAAACUUUAUCACUAAGCCUCUGAUGGUCUCUGAAAUAUACGUCUGCAUGCUACUAGAGAUUGGCAAUACAGACUUUAGCUUAUAAUACCUCAGAUCAUCUCUGAAAUAUACGUCUGCAUGUCACUCUAGAAUGGAAGUACAGACUAAAAUAUACGUCUGCAUGUCACUCUAGAAUGGAAGUACAGACUAAAAUAUACGUCUGCAUGUCACUCUAGAAUGGAAGUACAGACUAAAAUAUACGUCUGCAUGUCACUCUAGAAUGGAAGUACAGACUAAAAUAUACGUCUGCAUGUCACUCUAGAAUGGAAGUACAGACUAAAAUAUACGUCAGAUUGUUACCAGACUUUAUUAUAAAACCUCUGGUGGUCUCCAAAAUAUACAUCUGCAUGCUUCUGCAGAUUGGCAGCUUAACAAAGCGUAUACAGUUGUACCUUAAGGUCAGCGUUCUAUAGUCCACAGUUGUGUAGGAUUUCAUGUAAAAUCAAUAUUAUUGGACUUUUGAAGAAGAAUUUUCUGCUGUGACUGGAGACAAAUGUUUUGAUAUAAUACCAUGGAUUAGAUCAUGUUUGGUCUACCUACCGAAUUCAAUACUUUAUAUUGAUCGUAAAUCUUAUCUUUCGUUUCCAAGUACUUGUUUAUGGAUUGAAUAUCUUUCCUAUCUGCCGUUUCUAUGCUCAGAUCAUAUUGACUGUUUUGUACAACUUUCUAUGCACAUUUAAGUAUUAGAUAUUUAAGUGACCAAUUGCAAUGAUUAUUCUUCGGUGCCCAUCAUUGUUCAUAUUUUGUUAUGCUAAUGGCAACAUUCGUUAACCCUAUAUUGUAACUAUACAGAUAAUUCAUAUCCUCUUAUUGUUCAUGUAUUUCCUAACAUACAAAUUCGUUAUCUAUAAGACAUUAAAUAUGUUAGCAUGUAGUUAUACAAGGAUAGUAAAUGCUGUGAAGUUAAAACACGAAUCUGAUUUGGUGCCAUAGUUAAGUAUAUUAAUAUUUUAUACAGUAUAACAUUUGUUAUUCAGAGCUUAUCAAAUUUUACUUUGACAGAAUAAAAUAAAUCAAAAUUG